CAAGACGCCCCGCCCCGGGAUCGGUGGCGCCGCGCCGCGCAGGCGCAGGCGCCGCUGCCUCGGGCACCUCCCAGGCUCCGCGGCUGCGCACUGCCGUCCGCCGCGCCUGCGCACUGCUGUCCGCCACGCCCCGCAGUCUCCUGGGUACAAGCGGGGAGACAUGGUGCUGUCGGAGCUAGCGGCGCGCCUCAACUGCGCUGAGUACAAGAACUGGGUGAAGGCGGGCCACUGCCUGCUGCUGCUGCGCAGCUGCCUGCAGGGUUUCGUCGGCCGUGAGGUGCUCUCCUUCCACCACGGCCUACUCGCCGCAGCCCCCGGCCUGGGGCCACGCGCCGUCUGCCGCGGCGGCUCACGGUGCAGCCCGCGCGCCCGUCAGUUUCAGCCUCAGUGUCAGGUGUGCGCUGAAUGGAAACAGGAGAUUUUGAGACAUCACGUCAACAGAAAUGGAGACGUGCACUGGGGAAACUGCCGGCCGGGCCGCUGGCCCGUGGACGCCUGGGAGGUGGCCAAGGCCUUCAUGCCCCGAGGACUAGCAGACAAACGAGGACCUGAGGAAUGUGAUGCGGUUGCUCUUUUAAGUCUCAUCAACUCCUGCGAUCACUUCGUGGUUGAUCGAAAGAAAGUCACAGAGGUAAUUAAAUGUCGUAAUGAGAUCAUGCACUCUUCAGAGAUGAAAGUAUCUUCUACGUGGCUUCGAGAUUUUCAGAUGAAGAUCCAAAAUUUUCUGAAUGAAUUCAGGAACAUCCCAGAGAUUGUAGCAGUAUACUCCAGAAUAGAACAGCUGUUGACAUCUGACUGGGCUGUUCACAUCCCUGAGGAAGAUCAGCGAGAUGGGUGUGAAUGUGAAACGGGAACUUACCUGAGUGAGAGCCAAGUCAAUGAAAUAGAAAUGCAGUUACUAAAGGAGAAACUUCAAGAGAUAUAUCUUCAAGCAGAAGAACAAGAGGUGUUGCCUGAAGAGCUCUCAAAUCGACUAGAAGUGGUGAAGGAAUUUCUGAGAAACAAUGAGGAUCUUAGAAAUGGCCUUACAGAAGAUAUGCAGAAGCUAGACAGCCUCCGUCUACAUCAGAAACUGGAUUCACAGGAACCUGGGAGACAGACACCUGACAGGAAGGCCUGAGGUUGCCUGUCAACAAAAAUCAGGCAUGUUCUGUGAAAGUCAGCAUGGCUUCCGUCUCAGACAUCCUUUUCUGUGCAAAAGGAAAAAGUUACCAGACUAUUGUACCCAAACAAAAAGGAAUUUUUAUUGUUUUGUCCUGGACUUUCCUCUCUUUGGAACUAUUUUAAUAUUUGUAAACUUGGGGUUGUAUAAUCUAUUGCAAUAAAAAAUAUUAGAUACUCUUUGCCAAAACUUGAUACCAGGCCAGGCGUGAUGGCUCACACCUGUAAUCCCCAGCACUUUGGGAGGUCCAGGCGGGUGGAUCACCUGAGGCAAGGAGUUCGAGACCAGCCUGGCCAACAUAGUGAAACCCCAUCUCUACUGAAAAAAAAAUACAAAAAUUAGCCGGGCAUGGUGACAUGUGCCUAUAAUCCCAGCUACUCGGGAGGCUGAGGCAGGAGAAUCGCUUGAACCUGGGAGGCAGAGGUUGCACUGAGCUGAGACCAUGCCACUGUACUCCAGCCUGGGCAAUAGAGCGAGAUUCUGUCUCCCAAAAAAACAAAAAACAGCAACAAAACUUACUACCAUCCAGGGAUUUUUUUGCUAUUUAAAAGGUGAAUUUCUUUUCUGGUCCUAAACUGUAACUGCUUAACUUAGUAAAGGCUGUGUUUGGCCAGGCCUGUGCCAGAGGCUUACCUGGAGUGCUCCACCCACUGGCAGGCAAGUCCUAUUCCUAUUCACCCAGGAUGCCCAAGGCUGGGCUGGGAUAUAAAUGCUGGGAUAGGAAAGAAAUAUUUCCUUUUUAGAGGAAAGCAAGAAGAAACAUUGCCUGAAAGGCGAUUUUUCUAGUCGUUUCCAAUUAGUACAGAAAUGUUACUGCCUCUGGGUACAGUGGCUCACGCCUGUAAUCCCAGCAUUGGUGGGCGGAUCACUUGAGCCCAGGAGUGUAGUAUCAACCUGGGCAAGUUGGCGAGACCCCAUCUCUACAAAAAAGUUAAAAAUUACCUGGGCAUGGUGGCACACACCUUUAGUCUCAGCUACUCAGGUGGCUGAGGUGGGAGGAUCCCUUGAGCCCAGGUGGUCAAGGCUGUGGUGAGCUAUGAUCAUGCCACUGCACUCCAGCCUGGGUAACAGAACAAGACCCUGUCUCAAAAAAAAACCCAAAAAACUGUUACUACUAGGUUGGAGUAGCCUAAGGCAGUAGGGCAAGGAGGUGGGCCCAGGCUGGUCUGUGGGGAGCUGGAGAAUGGUGACUCGAGUGACCAGUAGACUGACAGGACCCAGGCCAGCAUCACAAGCAGGGAUGUCAGGCAGGAGCAGGGGAGCUUCUCGCUUGGCAGCUGGUUUAUGGUACACAUUUGAAAAGUAAGCUCCUGGGGCCUGGCCUCACAUGCUCAGUGAACAUUUGACUGAAGGGCCACUCUUAGCUUGGGAGUAUUCCCAGGCCUAAAUGUUAGUUAUGCUAUUAACUAAGCCUGGUCCUUCAUUACAAAAUUUAAAAAUGAAAUUGCAUCAUUCUUGUGGAAAUUCAAAGACAAACAUUUUCUUUCAACAAAUUCACACAUUCGUUCAUGCUUUUUCUAUACCUUUUACCCCUAAAGUCAUCCACUCCUGACUUCCUCCUGCUGGUUUCCCAAACUGCGCAAUGACUGCCCCAUCGUAGGCAGUGGUCUGCAGAGUCGGCCUCACUUUCACCUUUCCCCGCAUCUACUUGUUUCCAAGGCCAGCGGUACUUAACUGGGUCAAGUUGCCUGUGGACCUUCAGGAACAGAAUUGCCAGGUUCCUCGCUGCCUGCAGGAAAGGCUCCAUUCCAAGCCCAGUGAAGAUGUGUGCCUAUCCAGCCGCCUACCAAGGAUGUCAUCUGUAGAAUGGGUGGAGGGCAGGGGUUUAUUUGGUGUACAUUUUUAUGUUAAAAUGCACUUAAUAUCACUCUGGAAAGCCCAGAUGAGUGCAGAUGUGCCUGUAACUUCCUCCUUUAAUCUGUCCAGGUAGUAUUUAAUCUUUAGUCUUACAUUUUCUUUCUCCCUUCAUUUCAUGGAAUUCCUUGAGAAAACUUCAACAGUAAAGAAAGAAAUUUCAUUCAUCUCACAACUCUUCCAAAUGAAGAAACUUAGCGAAAUAUUUCCGAGCUUCUAGAUGUGCAGUACAAAACUUGGGAUCAAAUGGAAUCUUGAUUCAUUAACCAAUUUAAGAUCUGACUUCUGAUUUUAGGAACUUUGGGUUAUGAACGCUUCCAUUUUAUACCUGUGUCUAGUUAGUUUGCCCACAAGCUUUUAUCAAGGGUCCACCAUGUGCCAGCCCCUGAAGUAGAUAUAAAUACAAGGAUGUGUAAGGUAUAGAUGAUGGUAUACGAGCUGUCAUCUUACUGGAUUUGUCCGCUCUGAUAAAGAUACGGUUCCGAAAACUUUUUAAAGCCCCAGAGAGGACUUUAAGGCAAUGUAGCAUCAUAUAUAUAGAGACAUCAACCUGUUGAUAUCUUUCUAUUUAACGGAACUGUGCAUCUGGGCACAAGGGUGUGCACAACAGGAUGUGUACAGCAGCACUGUUAAAGUGUAGCACAUUAUACUACAGGAUCUUAUGCAACUGUUGGAAAGAAUGAAGCGACGCCGCACUGUGGUCAUGCAGUGGUCUCAGACAUACUAACUAGAAAAACAAAAGGCUUAACAAUGCAUAGCAGUCGCGCGCGGUGCCUCAUGCCUGUAAUCCUAGCACUUUGGGAGGCUGAGUGGGGCGGAUCACCUGAGGUCAAGAGUGUGAGACCAACCUGGCCAACAUGGUGAAACCCUGUCUCUGCUAAAAACACAAAAAAGCCGGGCAUGGUGGCACGUGCCUGUAAUCCCAGCUAUUCCGCAGGCUGAGGCAGGAGAAUCGCUUGAACUGGGGAGGUGGAGGUUGCAGUGAGCCGAGAUCACACCACUGCACUCCAGCCUGGGUGACAGAGGGAGACUCCGUCUCUAAAAAACAACCAAAAAAACAAACACAAGAAAACAAUGCAUAGCAAGCUAUAAUGUUGUUUGUGUUUUAGAAUAGUAGAGGUCUGGAAAGUUGUUUGCUUUUCCCCAGUUUUUUUUUUGCUGUGUUACCUCUGUAGGAAAUUGAGGUAGAGGGGAGAGUUAGAAGGAAUAUUUGGCUUUUCUGUUUUAUAUCCUCCUGGGUGAAAUUUUUAUAACAAACAUGUACUGGUGUAUUUUGAAUGUUUUUAAAAUUUUAUAUUUCAGAAUAAUAAAAUAUAAAUUCAAACUGCAA